AUGACCCAGACGCCCCCUCCCACCACGGCCGCGGGGCGGGAUUGUCACCGCCACCUCCCGCUCUCCAGCCAGGGGAACCCCCGGAAGGCUACGAUGCCUCGGGGGCCCAAAGCCAGGCUGCCCGGCCGCGCGUCCCUGAGGGAGACCUACCGGGAAGACGAGCAGCGGUGCUGCCGAUGGUGCGGUGGCAGCGACGGGAGGCGGGAGACGGCCCCGGCGGACGGGCGCGCGGGCCGGCCGGGGAGCCGAGGCGCGGGCGCCGCCUGCGUGGAGCCGCGGUCUCCGGCACCCACAGCGGCGGCGGCGGCGGCGGCGGCGGCGGCGCUGCGCCUCCAGUGGUCCGCGGCGCCGCAGCCCCUCCUCUCCCACGGGCGGGGCGCGCUGGCGGGGCGGUGCUCCCGGCUCCCCGCCCCCGGCUCCCGCUGGCUGGCGGAGCUCGACUGGAACCGCUGCUCGCCGGACCUGCUGGACACCUUCUCCGAGCCUCCCGGAGAGCCGCGGGCUGGGCGCGCCGAACCUCGGGACGCGCGGGGCCUCACUGCCUGGGCUCACCUCCGGCCGGCCCCGCUGGGAAGACCCCUGCUGUCCAGAGACCACAGCCGUGGAGCCCUUGACCCGGCAGACCCGGGCCUGAGCGCCGUAGAAACGACCCGCUUCGCCCUAGCUCCAGCCAGCGGAGGUGGGCCAGCUGGCCCCAGCGCUCGGGGCCCGGAGAGCAGCCGCUCGAUCACCGUGGGAGAGCGGAUUCGGAAGAGAACGGCAGCCCGGUCACCUCCCCGGAGACGAUGCCCAGCCCGUCUCGGGCCUUCAUUCAGGUGA